AUGGGCCGAGAGCGACAAAAAGCCAAGAAGCGGUCCUCCAUCCCGAAAACCAAACCCAGCCUCCGCGGCCGCACCAAACACGGCAAGAAGAAAGUCAAUUUCCUAGGAAAUGCCGUGGUCGCUGAGAAUUGGGAUCGCGACCUCACUCUUCUGCAGAACUACCAGAGGUUGGGCCUCACGUCGAGACUGCGUGCUGCGACUGGGGGCGUGGAGAAGAAGGUGAAGCGUGCGGGGCCUGGUGUUGUAGGUAGUGGAGAUGGGGGUGAGGAGGAGGAGGUGGAUAAGUUGGCGAUGCCGGGGAGGAAGAGGACUACGAAGCUCGUGCCGGGAGAGGUUAGAGUAGAGAGGGAUCCGGAGACGGGGAGGAUAUUGCGGGUCAUACGCCCGGAGUCUGGAUCAGAUGGCUUGGAUGAGAGGCAUAAGCGGAAGAGAUUGGAUGAUCCGCUGAAUUCGGAUUCUGGGUGCGAGAAUGAAGACGCCGCGACUGCAGACCCUACCCGGGCGAGGAGGAGAGAACCAGCUACAGAUGUGGUUGCGGCGCUGGAAGCACAGGCUGCCGAAGAGGCUGUACAGUUGGCGAAGAGGAAACGGCCGCGGCAGCAGAGUAAGAGGGAAGAGGAGUGGAUUGCGACCUUGGUGGCGAAGUAUGGAGAUAAUACUGGGGCUAUGGCGAGGGAUAGGAGGCUGAAUCCGAUGCAGCAGACAGAGGCGGAUAUCGGGAGGAGGGUUAUGAAAUGGAGGGAUAGGAGGGAGGAGGGCUCUUUGGUAGAAGCCAUAGUAGUUUGA